AUGGAAAAGCUUAACGAGGAAAUCAUGUCAAAAAUUCUUUCGCACGUUCCGAUUGAGUUUGUAUCGAGGUGCAAACUAGUAUGUAGAUCAUGGGAAAGACUUCUAUCUGAUAGGACCGGGGGACUCCUUUUCUCAAUCGCAUCACGCGGGCAAACAAUUGCUAAACUAUAUCAUGCAGAUUACUAUGACUUGAUGAACAUUGAUAAUCCUCAUCGCGAUGAACCUAAUUACUCUUUCGAAACGCACGCUACUGAGAUCGACCACCCACCAAUUGAUACGAUUAAAGAACACAACAAGAUGUGCAUGGCUGUCGGUUCUUGCAACGGUCUGGUUUGUUUUUUUGUACCCCACAAUGGUUUAAGCGAUCCUGUUUACGUAUGCAACCCUAUAUCUGGAGAAUACGUUAAUCUCCCAAGAUUUAACCGUAAAAAUUGCGGUUAUAUCGUUGGUGGAUUCGGUUAUCUUUCUUCGACUAACGAGUACAAGGUCGUCAGAAUUUGCUACCCUACUGAAAAACGCAUGUACCCUAACAGCAGUUCCGCGGGAUGGAUUCAGGUGUACACUCUUGGGAAUAAUAGUAACAGCGGGUGGAGAGACGUCGGAGAAAUCACCAACGCAUUAUGGUUACCGGGUGUGCAGGCAAACGGCGCACUGCAUUUUAUGGAUGAUAUGGAUCGGAAGAUUGUGACGUUCGAUUUAGAAUCAGAAGAGUUUUGGGUGCUCCCACCACCACCUUGUUUCGAAAAUUCUAAGAAUUCGUCAUAUCAAGUCCGAGUGUUGGGAGGGCACUUGUAUGUUGUUCAUCAACACUAUGGUGAACAUGUGGAUUUAUGGUCAUUCAGACAUAAUGAAAAUAGGCAUCAUUACGAUCGAAGAGAAAAGAAUUACGAAUCUUGGAUUUGGAGUAAAAAGUUCUCUGUAGAUUGGACAUCAACAGAGUGUUGGAGCACGUAUGAUUUCAAUCAGCCAUUUGCAAUAACAGAGAAGAACGAAGUUCUAUUUUGGGUAAAUAAUUGGAAUCUCUCUUGUUGUGAUCACCAAACUGAUGUCUUCAAAAGGAUUGUGAACAUGAACGAGGACAGGAGGCUAUCAAUUUUUCAAGGGAUUCCAUACAAGAGUAGCCAUGUUUUCGCUGAAAGAUUUAGGAGUACUCUCAAAGACACAGAGACAAAACACAAAUAA